UUGCCUUUGCCCCCCCUCCUUCUUUGCCCUUUGCGUUGAGUUGCGUUGCACUGAUCUCCAUCUUCCCCCUUUCCCUUCUCUCCAUGGCCACCCUCCCUCCCCUACUGCUACGACGACUACUAACUCCCAUAUAUCUCUGUUUCACUCUCUUCGUUAGUUCCUUCCUGGUCGCUUUUUCAAAUCUUACGGAGCGCGUUGCCGUUGCUUGUCUUCCGGGAUCCUGCCCUUCUCCUCCUCCUUUUGCGAACUUGUAGCUGGCCAAAAUUGGAGGUGUCGAGUGGUAAUUGGAAUUCAGGGCAGAGGAGUCGUAUGGAUGCCGAGGUAGAAGUGCAGCGUGAGGCGGAGUAGGCCUGAAGAAGACAACAUGUUGGAAGAACAGUUGGCGUUUUACUUGGAGAAGUACCUUGGCGCGUAUAUCAAUGGACUCUCCAAGGAAGCGCUCAAGUUCUCUGUCUGGCAAGGAGAUGUGGAGCUCACAAAUAUGCAGCUUAAGCCGGAGGCUCUCAAUGCUCUCAAGUUGCCAAUAAAAGUCAAGGCGGGAUUCCUUGGGUCUGUGAGACUUAAGGUCCCGUGGAGCCGUCUCGGACAAGAGCCUGUGGUAGUUGAACUUGACCGCAUUUUUAUACUAGCCGAACCUGCGACCAACGUGAAAGGAGGUGAUGGCGACUCGGUGCAGGAAGCAAAGAGCCGACGUGUGAGGGAAGAGGAAGAAAAGCUUCUGAGGAGCAAGGCAGAGCCCACGAGAAAAGCUGAAGAGGAGAGCAACUCCUCAUGGCUAGGGUCGUUAAUUGGCACUGUUAUUGGAAACUUGAAGCUGUCCAUUACUAACAUCCACAUUCGAUAUGAGGACGAAGAGAGCAACGCUGGGCAUCCUUUUGCUGUGGGUCUAACGUUAGCCAAGCUAGCCGCUGUCACCGUGGAUGAAGAUGGAAAAGAGACUUUUGUCACUGGUGGUGCACUUGACCGUGUGCAGAAGUCUGGAGAGCUGAAUCGAUUGUCCUUCUAUUUCGAUGCAGACACCAAAGCUUGGCCUAUGGAAAAAUCUUGGGAUGAGAUUGUGCCGCAGGAUUGGAGCAAGGUGUUUCUACCAGGCAUUGCGGAAGAACCAUCUGCUUAUGGGAGAGAGAAGCCUCCCUGGAUAGCAGAUCACCAGUAUGUUCUCGAGCCUGUUGGUGGCACAGCGAGGUAUUUCAAACUUGGACAGAAGGAUACACCUAGUCCAGAUAAGCCCGCUCAUAAAGCUAUCGCUAUAUUGGAUGAUGUCACGAUUAGCUUGACUGAGGAACAAUAUCGAGAUGUUAUAAAGCUGGCUGAAAAUAUUUCGGCGUUUAGUAAACGUGUGCAAUAUGCUCACUACCGUCCUAGUAGAAGUAUUCAAGAAGACACGAAAGGGUGGUGGCAUUAUGCGUAUACUGCUGUACUGGAAGACCAGAAAAAAACAAGUGGUCACCUUUCAUGGCAUCAGAUCUUAUUUUACUCAAGAAUACGCAAACAGUAUUUGUCAAAAUAUGUUGAGGCUCUUCAAUCAAAUCCAAAGGCUACGUCUAUCAAUGAUAACAAGGACAUUAUGGAGUUGGAUCGCCAGCUUGAUUCUGAGAUAAUUAUUCAAUGGAGAAUGUUGGCUCAUGCAUUUGUGGAUCAGGAGAGAAAAAAGGGUGAAGAAAGAGUUAAACGGAGCUGGUGGUCAUUUACAUGGGGCGGUGUUGAUGACAAUGAUGCUGGUAGCAAAGAGUUUACAGAUAAUGAUUGGAGAAGGAUUGAUUAUGACAUUGGGUAUGAACAAGGCGCACCAGCUCCUAUAGCCCCUGCGGCAGACCAACCCAACAUGCUACAUGCUGUUGUGGAAGUUUAUAUGCGACACAACGGUACAAAAUUGGUAUCAGCGAAUGGAGAAAGCAUUCUGGCGCUUACAGCCGAAGGCCUGAGGUGUGGUAUUAAAUUAUAUCCUGAAACCAAGGUCUUCAGUGUUGGACUAAAUUCCUACAAGAUAGCUGCUCCAGAAGGACUUCUUGGAGAGAGUGCACAUGAAGAGAACUCAUUGUAUGGUACUUUCAUACUAAGUCCAUGGGAUAAGCAAUUGGAUUGGUCGUUGGAGGCUAAGGCUGCUCCCUGCUAUGUGACUGUACGAUUGCAAAGCUUACAAAGGAUUUCUCAGUUCUUUUCGAGCAAAGAAGCUGUAAGCCGAGAUGUUGCCCUUCAGACAGCUGCAGCGUUACAGUCAACCGUGAAUGAGGUUUCCAAAAAUGCUCAGCAACAACUGCAUGAUGCUCUUAAAAACAAGCCCAAGUUUCUGUUGGACCUAGAUAUUGCUGCUCCCAAAGUCACCAUACCCACUGAUUUUUAUCCUGAUGGCCAGCACAAAUGCAAAAUGUUCCUCGACUUGGGUUAUUUGAACAUUAAUACCUUACCAGAGAAUGGCCCUAUUGACGACUUAAGUGAAGAACAUCAAUUAUACAUGCGGUUCCGUAUUCGCCUAAAGGACAUUUCAGCUUUUUUAGUAGAUGGUGAUUAUGAUUGGCGAAAGCAGUAUAAUGUGAACCCUGAGACUGGCAGACUUCAUGUUGUAAAUGAUCAUGUGCUUUAUCAGCCUGAUAGUGUAGAAAGUCUAAAGAACCGUGGAGAUAAAGACACUGGCGCUUCUGAAGGGAAACGAGAUGAUGAUGGAGGUUUAUUCUUCUUGCCUAUGCUGGAGAAAACUGGAAUAACAGUUGCGCUUGAACAGAUUUGUGUGCCACACCCAAAUUACCCUACGACUAGAGUGGCAGUAAGGUUGCAGUCCCUCGGAUUCCAAUUCUCUCCUGCACGAUACCAUCGGAUCAUGCAAGUUUUUGGGAUUUUCGGUGAUGAAUCUAAUGAAGAGGAUACCCGUUCUGCUUUUCGACCAUGGGACUCUCCAGAUUUUAAUGGACAGAUGUCAGUUCUCUCCUGGACGGGGGUGGGUCACAGAGAAGCUAAAUGGGAGAGCCGUUAUGGUGCAUUGGCGGGGCCUUUUUUUUAUCUAUUGGAAUCCGAAUCAUCACGCAGCUAUAAAACGUUUCAUUCUUUGAUAGGUAAAAAGGUCUUUAACCUUCCAAAAGAAUCUUUGGGAGGUGUGGAGAACGUCAUCGCUAUAUGUGAUGCUGGGCAAAUUGUUAGCAAGGUGGCAGAAUCUGCUGGAGCGCUUCUUCUGCGUUUUGUGGACGAAUAUGCAAGAAAUAAGUGGCAAGAGCGUUUCUCACGAGCAAUAUAUCGGGCAUCUAGUCCUGUAGCAGUUGCAGGAUGUCUGGGUGGAAGGGCUCAGAAUGAUGAUACGGAGGAAAAUAUUCCUGUGUCUCCAGAUACAGGCCAAACAAAGCUAACUGAGCAAGAAACCAUCUUCUUCACUGGUGUUCUUGAUGAGUUGAAAAUUGUCAUGAGCAACAGUCGUGAUAUUGAGCUCACGUCACAAAAGAUGUUGCUUGCACCUGAGAAACCCCUCUUGGAAUUCCGUGCCAUUGGGACUAAGGUUCAACUUGUUGUGAGCAAGAACCAGAUGUUGGUUGGAGCUGUCUUACAAUCCCUAGAAAUAGAAGAUAAGUUCCAUGGUCAUGUUUCAUAUUCUUGCCGAUAUCUAGCGCGAUCAUACAUCAAGAAAAAACGCAAAGAACAACAUCAUGAAAGCAGCAGGCCCACAUCACCUCACGAACACACUCACCUGGAAAAUCUGGAAGAUCAGAAAUUGAAGGAUAAAAGAAGCGAAGUAUUAAUAAAUAGAUCUGGUAACAACUCUAGGAAUCCCGGUAUGUCUAAGCCAAUGCUUAGUCGCUACAAUUCUUCAGGAGAUGAGCAUUUCUUUGACGCUUACGACGAAAGUGAUUAUGAAAGCAGCUCAAGUACAUUUAGUUUACAUACACGGGACAGUAGUUCUGAUCUUGCGGUUAAGUUCUAUGACGCAAUUGAUGGUGAAGCUGACAAUCAUGAGCCUCCAAGUUUCAAGAGAGAAGUAGGCCUCUUGCCGGGGUCUGCUUCACCAGACCGGAGCAAAAGUGAUCAUGAUGUAACUGAUAUCGAGGACCGAGAGAGCUUCGUGAAGGCCCAAGUUAUCAUGACUUCACCAGAGUCCCGUACAUAUGCCUCUAUUGACAAUGAGGUGCGAAUAUCACUUUCAGCACUGUCAUUUAACUGCAAUCGGCCAACAAUCAUUGCUGCUUUAGAUCUGGUGUCUGCCCUCACUGCUGAGUUCCAGCCUAAGAAAAACGAAGAGUCGCCCUUCACUGUUGGAGAUAGGAAAGUAGAUGCACCACGGUCUCGAAACAAGGAAAUCAAAAGUGCCCCUGGUCCAUUAGAUAUCGACAAUAAAGAUAAGAAUGAGGUUAACCAAGACGCCGAUAGGAACAAGGUUAUUUAUCAGGAAGAGUCCCAGUCCAUGCCUGUAAAUGCAGAUGUGAUUGUUACCGCAAUCGAUCCAAAAUUUGUGGAAGAUGUAGAUGAGACGGGCAAUGUCAAGCUGCCUCCAAAAGAAGAAGAAUCAGUUGUCAAAGGGCUGCUAGGUAAAGGGAAAAAUAGGAUGGUCCUUUUGUUGGUAUUAGAUAUGGAGCAUGCUGAAGUUGUCCUGAACAAGGAAGAUGGCUCACAAUUAUCAACUCUCUCCCAAGACAAUUUUCACACGGACGUGAAGAUUUAUCCAGAAUCAUGGGGAGUGAAUGCCGUUCUGGGUAAUCUUCGUGUAACUGACGAUAAUGCGACGGACCAUCACGGUAGAGACAUUCCUUACCAGUACAUUUGUGAUAUGAGGGAUCCAGGCGGUUCAUCUUUCAUUGAGUUGGAAUUUGUGUCGUUCAAUGAAGACGACCUUGAUUAUGAGGGUUAUGAUUUUAGUGUUACUGGAAAACUUUCAGAAGUGAGACUGGUGUUCCUCAACCGUUUCAUUCAGGAGAUCAUUGCUUAUUUCAUGGGUCUUGUUCCUCAAACUUCGGGCUAUGUGAUGAAGCUAAAAGAUCGCGCCUCAGAUUACGAGAAACUUUUUUCUCAGUCAGAGAUAGAGGGACAACCAUCACUGAAGUUAGAUAUUUCUCUCUCGAAGCCUAUCAUCAUAAUGCCACGAGGAACUUACAGUACUGAUUUCAUGGAGCUUGAUAUUCUACAUAUCAACAUUCGUAGCAGCUCUGAAUGGACUGGUGGUGGGAAGGAGCAACUCGGAGCAAUUCACUUGGAAACAAUCAAGCUUGAUAUUGAAGAUGUCAGCCUAAACAUUGGAGUUGGAAAUGUUAUUGGGAAUGAGAUUUUUGAUCGAGCGAGAGGCAUCGGUUUGGUAGUAAGACGACCCUUACGUGACCUUUGGCAUGAGGUGCCAAGUAUCGAAGGAACAGUCAAGAUUGAAGAGCUUCGAGCAUCACUCUCUGACAAGGAGUACCAGGUGAUAACUGAGUGUGUAACACAGAAUAUGGCCGAAGUACCAGAUUUACCUCCUACUCUGUAUGAAAAUGAAUCCUUGGAGGGUGGAGCUCCAGAGUUAGCAGGAGAAGAUGCUAAUGGGGCAGAUGUUGUCACUGAGGAUUUAGAAUCAGAGGACAAUGAAGGUCACGGAAGGAGGAGCUCGCCAAUUGAGAAACCGUACACAACUAUCAAAGUUGGUGUGGGGAUUGAUCUGGUUGAGCUCCGUUUAUUUAUUGGCGGCGCUAGAGAUGCAUCUCUCGCAACUGUCCAGGUAAUUGGCGCAUGGGUUUCAUACAAAGGAAAUAACGUUGAAGAAUCAGUUUUCAUGGCAUCUCUGGAAAGGCUUAGUCUCAAAGAUGAACGUGAAGGAACCGAUCCGGAAAUGCAGUAUAUGAUUGGGCAUGCCGAUGAUCAGGCACCAAGCUCUUUAGGGGAUGACCUUCAUCACUUUCGAAGAAACAGGGAAAACAAAACUGAAGAUGAGACUGCAGCUGGAUCCUCCAACACAUCGCCUGGGUGGGGAUCUGGUUUGACGAUGCUUGUAGUCGAUGCGAAAUUAUGUCCAACAAAACAAGAAAUUUUUCUUCGCAUUCAGCGUCCUCGGGUAGUGGUUGCCUUUGAUUUCCUGUUGGCGGUUGGCGAGUUCUUCGUCCCAUCAAUGCACACGAUGCUGGCCGAGAAGGGAGAAGAGGAUCCUCUGGACAUGAAGAAUGGGAUUUUCCUGAAUGAUCAUGUAUUUAAGCAGAAAGUGCGGGAAGUUCGAAUUUCACCGAAGAAGCCUUUAGUUGCUGAUUACGAAGGUAUUCAAGAAUAUACCUACGAUGGCCAAGGAAAUACACUACGAUUAUUGAACCGACACGAUGAAGAUCUAGCUAUGGUUUCUCCAGAGACGUUAAUCUUUGUCGGUGAUGGAAAAAGAUUAGUAUUUAGGAAUGUGAUCGUUCAGAAUGGCGUCUGCUUGGAUUCAUCGCUUUAUCUAGGCAGCAACAGUAGUUAUUCAGCAUCUCGGAAUGAUGGAGUAUUUUUGGAAGGACCUCCCGAGGAGUUCGAUUCAUCCAGCAUUGGGUCAUCCCAUUUAGCGGAUAGAAAGGACAUAGAAGAGGUUAACAAACUACCUGUGGAGAUUGUUUUUGACUUACAGGCUAUUGGUCCGGAGCUCACUCUUUAUGAUAGUACUAAUCGAUCAUCUGAAGUUCCGGUUCUUUCGGAGAGCUACCUUCGUGCCACGAUGAAUGUUUUUGCCAGAUUUUCAACGAAGGGAGAUGAUAUGGAGCUUUCAGCAAACGUGAAUGGUUUCACAGUGGAGUCAACAAGUGGCGUUAGGGUCUUGGAGCCUUUUGAUGCUCAAGUGGCUUAUUCCUUGAUGACUGGGACUCAAAACAUCCGUCUUGGCACGACAGAUAUCAAUACGAACUUCUCCUUCAGCAUUCUGCAGCUCAUUUUACUCCUGCAGGAUGAUUUCAUGUCGAUCAUGCGUAUCACAUCUGAACAGGUUACGAUACAAUGCUCAGAGUUCGAGAAAAUAUGGGUACAUGAUGACUCUGAAAUCGCAGCGGGUGGAUUACACCUAGCUUUCUGGCACCCUCGACCACCACCUGGAUUUGCAGUGCUUGGUGAUUGUGUAACACCUAUGAAUAAACCUCCAGCAAAGGCCGUACUGACAGUGAAUAUGGCUCUAGUACACGGGAAGAGACCUUUGGGAUUCAAACGUGUAUGGUCAUCAAUCGAAUUUGCACACGAAGUUUCCCAGAAGACUCCCAUAGGUGGGAGAGCCAUACAUUUAAAUGAUAGUAGUAAAGUAGAAAUGGGCAAUCCUAUGCUUUGCAUACCUGAUGCUGAAGUGCGAGGGGAACAAGGCUGUUGUAUCUGGUUGCCAAUUCCACCAGAAGGCUAUGUUGCUCUAGGUUGUGUGGUUUGGAAAGGACAGGACGAACCCCCUAAAUCAGCAGCCCUGUGCAUUUUAGCUGCACUUACAUCCCCAUGUUCAAUGCGAGAUUGCAUCAAUGUUCUGGGAAGUCGUGAGACUUCUGGUUCAGGUGCACAAGAGCAAUGGGCAUUUUGGCGGGCAGAUAGCUCAAUUGGCACUUUCUUCUUGCAAAAUGAUCGAAAAGAAUCGAUUCAACCCCAGGCUUAUGACCUUCGCCUUUCUACCUCAAAUUAUGAAUUUACUACCCUGCAAGAGACAGCUCCAAGCUCGGCUAAACCACAAAUGAGACUACCUCAUACAUUGUCAUCCAUCGGCGAAGAGGCAGCGGACACCGCCGGGAUAUUAACAGCAGUGAUCUCAUCGGGUAGGAUAUUCGAGAAUGUGGGAACGUUCAAAUUAAUAUGGUGGGACAAGGGUAGUGGAUCUACUGAUGGUAUCUCCAUAUGGCGACCAAAUGUGCCAUCCGGGUGUGCCAUGCUGGGAGACCUGGCCGUGAAAGGAUAUGAUCCACCAGUCACUGGUCUUGUUCUCCGUGACACAGAAGAAGGGGGACUUUUUAGCAAACCGGAACGUUUCCAAGAACUGGCUCGCAUCUCCAAACAAAGGCAUGUGAACGGUGUUUACUUCUGGAAUCCGGUUCCUCCUCCAGGAUAUUCCGCAAUUGGAUGCAUAGCUGGCAAGAGCUCCCGCCCUGAUAAAGAUGUCAUGAGGAGCAUCCGUUGUGUGCGGAAUGACCUUGUCAGUCAUGCUAAUUUUUCAGAAUCCAGUCCCUGGUCCACAAAGUAUUUGAAGUCGGGACAACAACCAAUGAGUAUUUGGCUCGUAGAGAAUGAAGCACAGACUUUUUUAGUUAAGCCUGGAAGCUACGGUAGCCCUUCUCCACAAGGUGCACUUGGGUUGAUAGCUUUGCGAAGGCAAGCAGAGCCUGACAACUUGGCUGUAACUGUGGAAAUCAAGAGCGUCUCUGCUAAAUUUUACGAUGACUUUGGCGGAUUCAUGACACCGCUACUUGACGUGUCAAUUACCAGUUUACUAACAAGCUUGCACGGUCGCAUGGAGGCAUUUUGCUCAGAAGUCAUUUUUUCAUUGACAGUCACUACGUACAACACUAAGUUUGAUCUUUGGGAGCCUCUCAUUGAAACUUGUGAUGCGAUUGUCAGAUAUAAACAGGACAGCGACCCGCAAGCUCGAGAUCAACCCAAAAUUUCAAGAGUUCGUAUCGAAAUUCCAAGAGCUCGACCUGAAAUUUCUACUGACUUCAAUGUAAAUAUUUCUGUCGCAAAUGCAAACAUGUUGUUGGAAGCUUAUUCCAGUUGGAUGCACCUGAGCAAUUCUGAAGCGUGGGCGAAAAAACGAGAAAUUCAGGAUGAUAUUGCAAAAUCGCAGAAUUCGAGUCGAAGAUUUUUUAAAUUAAUUAGUGAUGGACCUUUGGACCGUAAAGGCAAUAAGAGUUCUUAUAUAUUGGCACACAACGAGAUAGGAGAGCAACUCUGGCUGAGGACUGUCGAGAGAAGUGGCAAAUAUCAAGUUUUGUCUUUACCUCCGAAUGGGACCUCCAUCGUUAAGUUGCCAGAUACUUACUCCAGUAAAGACUCUAUCGAUAGGGAAUUGGUGCGCGGACUCUCUGGAAAAUUCGUGGCAAUCAGGAUCAGUGAUGCUGAGUUACCGCAUGCUCAAGGUAUUGGAGGAAGGGAAUACAUGGCAGCGAUCCGUGUAGUGCCCGUAAAUUUAGCAUCCAAUAACAGGCGGCUGCAGUUUCAGAGUGCUCGAACUAGGUGUGUGAAUCCUAGUGCGAAGAGCAGCACUGACCAAGUGCGCGUCAUUUGGGAUGAAGUUUUUGUAUUCGAAGUCCAAUCAGGGGAAGUAAAUCGUGCCCAGAUUGUCGUUACUGACCUCGCCAGAGGAUCACCUAUUGGAUAUUGCUCGUUGGAGCUUAGUGAAAAAGGAACUUACGGAGUGAAAAAGAUUAAGAGUGACUUUGCUUGUUUGUCCUCAUUCCCGCUAAGAUCUGAAACUUUGUAUCCGCCUGAAAGAGAUCAGGAGGAGGCUGGUUUGCUGGGUGAAGAUGGUGAAUCUCUUGUUGAAAAAGAACAUCAAGGGCGCAUUAAUUUGGCAAUUCAUAUAUUUUCCGCGUAUAGAGACGAAGGCGAUAUUGAAGACUCUGAGGAUACUGACUCUCUGCAAGACGAAAACUUGCAGAUGUUCGGCACAAUAGAAGUUUCUGCUACUAAAAAUGGACCCUGGUCUUCUCUAAGACUAAAUUAUGGACUUGGUCCAGCACCCUGGCACUUAGGGAAGGACCAUUUUGCUAGUGAAAUGGUUGUCAAUGAUGGAGUGAAGCAUCUUUUUGUUAGAAGUCUAGUGACAAUUAGGAAUGAAACAAAAUAUCAACUUGAAGCUCGUCUAUGCCCGGAUUUUCUUGUGGAUCAAGAAACGGAUGCGAACAUUUUGGACGCCAACAAUUCUGAGAGUUCUCUUGAGGAAGAACUCUUUGAAAAUCAGAGAAUUCAGCCAGGGAAAGGAUGGGGUCCUCCGACGAUGCCCGCAUACCCAGGCCAGUGGUGCACACGCGACCUUUCUAGAUCCUUUAAGGAUUUAACUCAACUCUCACUUCCGGAUGGUUGGGUUUGGAUAUCCGAUUGGCGACUUGACAGAACUGGUAAGGUUGACCACGAUGGAUGGGGAUAUGCGAGUGAUUUUCACGCGUUCAAGGGUUGGCCACCAAUUGGUAAUUUUGAAAAAGGCACCAUGUUAGUGAGACGCCGCAGGUGGAUUCGUACAAAGCUACGGAAGGAUGGUACCAAGAAUAUGGUGAUCUCGCUUGGCACCUUAGAGCCUCACUGUUCUGUGGCCUGCCCUAUUGGAAGUCUACGACCAGGCGGAUCAGAUUAUGUUGUUCAGGUGAAACCUCGAGUUGGAUCAGUAAACAAUGGCGUGGCGUAUAAUUGGAGUUCAGUUACAUCAUAUAAAGAUAAACUUGAGCUGAGUAUAGCCAGGAAACCUACAAAAGAGCUCCGUAUACGUGGGCUUCAAAACACUGAGGAACUUUUACACUGCUCAGUUUUAGCGAGCAGCAGCAGCAUGGAUAAGACAGAUGUUUGGCUUUGUGUUGAGUGUAAAGCAAUUGAGGUGGGAAAAACCAGUCAACUGGAUCCUAUUGAGGAUUGGCGUUUAAUCAUCUCCGCUCCGUUAGAGCUUGUCAACUUCCUACCCGUAGCAUGCUCGUAUACGGUUUCAGAAAAGUACAAUGGAAAGGGACUUGUGCCAAUACAAAGUGGAUCGGUUAAGCCUGGGGAAUCGGAGGCUAUUUUUCAUGCUGACUUGCGUAAUUCUCUUUAUCUGAAGUGGAUACCAGAGGGUAGCUGGGUGCCUAAGGAAGACGACGUAUUAAUCUCACAGCCAGGAAAAGAUCCAGCGAAGAGAGUAUUUGUGACAGAUGGAGGGAGGGAUUUAGCUAUUCAUAUGCAAUACGACAGUGGGAUCAGGGAUAUAUCUGCAAAAGUUAUUCAAUUUCAUGUUCCAUGCUGGCUAGAUAGUAUUGGUUGUCCUUCUCUGAAAUACAGCCUAGUUGGAAACCAUUAUCACGGGCGAAGGUCGAGCGAGAAAAGUUGGCUUACCAGGAAGUCCUUGGAGGAGAUUGUUGAAGAGGAUACGCACCGACAUCCAAUUAUGCUUUCCAACUAUGAUUGCACGACUAUGGGACUAGCAGUAGCUCUGUCUGGAUCUGAAUGCACUCAGUUUGGCCCUGUUGCAUCCUUGGACGCUCUAGCCGAUCCUAACGGGAGUGUGGAUCUCCUAGUUUUUGAUGGUGAACAUUCACACUUUAAAUUCCUCGUUACGACAACAUCGCAUCCACACGGCUUUGCACAAACGCAGGUGGUCCGUUUGCGUCCAUAUACGUUGUUCACAAAUCAACUUGGGGCACCUCUUGAGCUGAGGCAAGCGGGUGGGGACGAAUCAAAGACCCUACAUUCUUGGGAUUGGCAAACCGCAUUUUCAUUUCAAGCAAUCCAGGAUCCCCUUCAGUUGCAGAUACGACUGAAAGGAUCAGACUGGUCAUUCCCAUUUGCCAUCGAUGAUAAAGAGAUUAUGGACAUUAGUGUUCGUCAUGGAAAUGGAGGAAGACAAUCAGUUCGACUUGAUGUCCGAGGGCAUGAUGCUGGAUCUCAAUUUUUGGCUGUUUUUCAGCUAGGUUCAUCUCGCGGUCCUUACAGGGUUGAAAAUAGAACAAGUCAGAUGCGACUCAAAUUUCGUCAGUUAGGUCUAGAUGAAAGUGCCUGGAGGAGCGUAAGACCACAUUCGUCGGCCACCUUUGCGUGGGAGGAUCUCCAAGGUGAAAAGGUCUUGGAAGUAAGCCAAGAAGGAAGUGAUGCCUCCCAAAUUGUUAGGAUAGAUCUUGACAAAUUGGGUGAUCACCCUCUUUUUAACGGCAACGCGUUUGUCUCUUUCAAUAUUUGCGUUCGGAUUGUGGAGUCUUCAGAAGCCAAAGUAGUAAAGUUCUUUGAUUCAGAAAUAGGGACCCAAGAGUAUGAAAGCGCUGAUAACAGUGAAAUCGAACAACUGCUUCCAACUCAUGGUGCUACGGAAUCCAUACAAGAUGACCAAGAAAGGUGCUAUGAUGCUCCAUCACAAACAGAGAUUGCCUUGGGUAUUGGCAAAUUUGGUCUAUCAAUUGUUGACCAGCAACCUCGGGAGUUGGUUUUCCUUAGUAUGGAGAAAGUGGACAUUGUCUUUGCAUCUGGACUAGGCGACAACGUCAGUAGGUUUACAGUAAAGGUGGGCUACAUGCAAAUAGAUAAUCAACUUCCUCUUACACCCAUGCCUGUAUUACUAGCUCCUGAGCUCCAUGAAGAGGACUUUGUUAUCAAGGCCAUUGCAUCUAUGAAGGUAGAGACUAAUGAAGCGAUCCAAGUUUAUCCAUACCUUGGGUUGAAGUUAACUGGAAGCGCAUGGCGUAUCAAUAUACACGAAGCAUUAAUUUGGGCAUUUUUGGAGAUGUUUAACAAUUUGCAUCUUGAUCGUCUCUCAUCGGACUCGCAAGUUGUCCAAGUGGAUCCAGAAAUACGCAUUGAGACGUUGGACAUGGCUGAGGUGCGAUUGAAGAUUUCAGUAUACACAAGCCCUGAUCAGCGGCCUCGAGGAAAGCUUGGUAUCUGGGGUCCUGCAUUUACCACGCUAGGCAACAUUUCCAAAAUGCCGAUUAAUUUCCGCCCUGUAUUUCGAGAAAAUCGACGUAUGCGGAAUAGCCAAGUGGUAACUCAAAUUCUAAAUCGCGUUACACUGGAUCUUAUUCACCAACCAAUUCAGCUUCUGUUAGGCAUGGACGUUCUUGGCAUGACAAGUUCUACACUUGAGACAAUAAGUCGAGGAGCCGCAAGUUUAUCAAAAGAUGAUGACUUCAUGCGAAUCAGGGCUAAUCAGGAGACCGCUAGGAGAAUAAAAGGGGUGAAAGAUGGCGUGGUCCAAGGAACUGCAUCUUUUGCUCGAGGUGUGGGCUAUGGUGUGAAAGGAAUGCUAACAAAGCCCAUCGAUGGUGCUCAUGAUAGAGGAGCUGUUGGCUGCAUUCAAGGUGUCUUCAAGGCUUUGGUUGGGAUUGUUGCGGAACCCCUAAGUGGUUGUCUGGACUUCAUGGCUUUAAGUGUUAGCGGCAUAGAUACAAGCUGCACAAAUUGCUUUGAAGUUUUCGACAAGAACCAGAAAGUUGAACGCCGUCGUCUUCCUCGUGCCAUUAAGGGAGAUGGCGUUCUUACUCGUUAUAAUUCCAAUGCUGCCCAAGGACUGGCCAUUUUACAGCUUGCACAAAGCGGCGGCAUAACUGGAAGAAGGGACGUGUUCAAGCAUGCAGCGAUUUAUGCUUUCUCGGAUUUCUACCAAGACCAUUUCCAUUUACCCAAAAACUGUAUUCUCAUGUUAACAAAUCGAAGAGUUUUAAUGCUACAGAGUCCGCCAUCACAUGCACGAGAGAGAAGCAAGGAGCUGACAGAUCCUUGUACAGUACAGUGGGAAAUUCAAUGGAAUAAUUUGCUGGCCAUGGAAGCGGCAAAUGAUCAGAAUCAGGCGGAGCCAACACAAGUCUUCCUUUACCCGAGAAACUCCACAAAGCAAUUCGCUUAUGUUGUAUCGUGCAAGCAUCCAUGUAAUUCAGAUACUCCUCAAGCCACUCAAAUCUGCAGAGCAGUUCAACAGCAAUGGCGAGCAUUUUGCCCAACUCCCGAGGAUCCAACGAAGGCUAAGAAGUCUAGAAGGUUACGAAGGCGACACAAGUUGAGACCAUUAUGGGAAAGUGGCAAGAAUAGCAGGAACAGCCAGGCAAGUUCUAGCCGAUCAUACGUUGAGCAUUCUGAUACCUCUGGAUCUUCUCGACAACAAUGGGAUACCCAACUUGCUUCAACAACAGGGGAUGAAGGGUUUCGGUUUGAAGUCUCUUUAGGAAACCUCUUAUGGAGUUAUAACAAGAAAUCCAACGGUUCUUGUCUGGGGUUCACAGUGGCUGAUAAUAUCUCGUUUUGGCGUCCCGAUCCACCACCUGGAUACGUAUCUGUUGGAGAUGUUGCAUUCACUGGAGACUAUCCGGACAACCAAACUGUAAUUGUCUACAGAAACGACGAGGACAAAUUUGAGAAACCUUUGGGUUUCAAUUUGGUGUGGAGAAAUUGGAAAGACGGAUCAGGGAGUCCAAUUUCUAUAUGGAUGCCAAUUGCUCCAGACGGCUAUUUGGCCGUAGGAUGCGUGGUGUGUGCUGACUAUGAAGAACCCCAGCUGGACGUUGUAUGGUGUGUACACAGUGACUUGACUGAAGACACUAUCUUGGAGGAUCCGGCGAUCUGGAAGGCCCCAAGUGAAGCUCCUUGGCAUUGUUAUGUAUACACUGUGGCUAGUGAAGUGCGAACUUUCAUAGCACUACGACAGGAGAAGAAUGAGAAUACGCCCAAUCCUAGAAAAGUAAUUGACCAGAUACAGUUUUACUAGUGACGUUCGACUAUUUGUUCUCUCUAUUCUUUGGUUUGAAGCCCCAUCUGCAGUACCCUCGAGGAAGUGCCAUUGUAAACAUGUUCUUGUUUAUGGUGUUGGAAUGUUGUGAAAACAUUUAUUUAUUUAUUUAUUUAUUUAUUUAUUUAUUUAUAUUAUUUA